AUGAACAAUUUGGUGGAUUAUGGACCAGACAGUGAUGAGGAAUCGCCGAGAAGACGUUCCAGUGAAGGACAGAGCUCUGCACAAAGAUUCAAAGAACAACAAGAACAAAUGAUGACAGAGAAACGAAAACGAAGGUCUUCUGAUGCUUAUGGAGAUGAGGACAUCACCGACGUACCAAUGGAUAUUUCCGAACCACCAGCGCCAAAACGAGUAAAUCAACAUUCUCCGUCACCGGCGGCGUUCAGAACUCCACAAAUUGGAAUGCCACAUACCACUUCCCAAGCCUCCCUGGUAUCAUAUUCUGGUGACGGUGACGACGAUGACGACUCGUCGUCUGACGUUCCAAAGAUCCCAGGUCUCACCACACCAAUUUCCGAAUUACACGAACCGGCGCCACCGAUGAGACAGAGUAGAGACGAUGUGGAGUCAGACGAAGAGCAGAAAUUAAUUGAUUUGGCAAUUCGAGAAGGAAAUGAGGCAAUAAUGAGAUUGAAUAACGAAGAAGCAUCACCAAUGGACACUCCUGGACACGAUUCUGUUGUCGAUUCACCAUUAUCCAAUAUGGAAGGAAAUACCCCAUCGCAUCCGAAUUCCACCGAACCGGCCGUUCCAGAAGAGCAAGAAAUCCGUAUUCCACCUCCACCCGACGUCGAAGUCAACCCAAAACUACUGGCCGUAUUCGAGAAUGCAUUCCGUCAAAAAGCGGCGGGCGCUGAUUUGAAUAAACAAAUUCAAGGAAAUCCAAAAUACAAUAAUCCAAUGAUUUAUACGACAUUCAUUGAGACAUUUGAUAUUGAUGAGAAGGGAACGAACUUCCCGAAGAAUAUAUUCGAUCCACACGUGUUUCCGGAUAACUGUUAUUAUGAUGCGAUUGGGGAAGAGCAGAGGAAAGGACAGGAGCCACCGAAGAAGAAAUAG